CGUACGUGUAUACAUCGUGGUACAAAUCUACCAUUUGAAUCAGCGGGGAACGACGAACAUCUCGAUUCUUCAGAGAAACACGUAAAGAAAAUAAAUAAUACUACAAGUGUUAAUUAAAUCAACUUCGUAACAUUUGACAAGAAAGGUGAGGCGAUCAAAAUAGCGGCAACAAGAUUGUGUCACUGUGCAAAAAACGCGGGUUUCAUCAGUCAUAAUGAUAUGUUCAAGUUCCAACGCACAUUAAAUGAAUGAAAUUGCAUAAUUUGCGGCUAAUAAAAUUCAUCAUCCGCUUUCAAAUUCUCGUCGAUCAAACACGUUCCAACCACUUAAAUUAAAUUUAUUCUCUACACACCGAAUCGCUUUCAUACGUCAUCAUGUUCAGAGUAUUCAAAACUUGUAAUUUAUUCAAACAGAACAAAAUAUUCACAAGGAGGAUGGCUGCUGUUAAUCUCAAAUCUCUGAGUGACGAGAAAAUUUACGAAUUUUUAAACUCGUUUGACACAGUAUUAACCGAUUGUGACGGUGUAUUAUGGAUGGAGAUGACGCCUAUCAAGAAUUCUGCCGAAGUGAUGAAUAAGUUUCACGAUCUCGGCAGACAAACUUUCUACGUAACGAAUAACAGCACAAAAACUAGAGAAGAAUGCCUUGCUAAAUGUAUCGAGCUCAAUUUCCAUGCCACUAAGAACAAUAUUUUAUGCACAUCUUAUUUGGCUGCCUGUUAUCUUCAGGAUUUGGGUUUCAAAAAGAAGGCUUACGUCAUUGGAUCCGAAGGUAUAAGCAAGGAGUUGGAGCAAGUGGGAAUUGGUCAUUGCGGAGUUGGGCCAGACACGAUCGAACCAGGAGUGCCGUACAAAACGUUUCAGAAGGACCCAGAUGUCGGGGCAGUUAUUGUCGGUUUUGACCAGCAUUUUAGUUACCCGAAACUCCUGAAAGCUGCGUGCUACCUCAAUGACAAAAACGUGCAUUUUGUAGGAACUAAUACUGACGAACGAUUUCCCAUGGAUGGCGACAUCAUUGUACCGGGUACCGGGAGUUUAGUCAAAUGCGUGGAGACAUGUGCCGAGAGAAAAGCAGUAAUCGUAGGAAAGCCAGAAACCUACAUAGCUGAGGCUAUAAUAAAACGUUUCAAUAUCAAUCCGAAACGCACAUUGAUGAUCGGCGAUCGUUGCAACACUGACAUUUUACUUGGGACUAGAUGUGGUUUCAAAACUCUUUUAGUAUUGUCCGGAGUAACUUCUUUAGCGGAUGUCAAUACCUGGAAACAGUCCAAUUCUCAAGACAAGUUGGACUUGCUUCCACAUUAUUAUGUAGAUAAAUUAGGCGAUUUACUACCGUAUUUAGAAAAAUUAAAGCCCAGCAAUGAAAGUGCGUAAAAAUUUAGCUUGCCAAUUUGUACAUACCUAUAUUUCAAACUAUCAUUCUAUUUAUUCGUUACUAUAACUGCAAUAAAUAAAAAAUGUACAUGCUGCGUAAUGAACUUGCCAAAUAUUUUUCAUCUUAUUUUAUACCGUAAAUCUAAUAUUUUGUUCGAUCGUUUCGUACGAAUGAAAGUUAAUUCGCGGAGGAACAAGUGAUAAUUUGUAUGCUGUGAUCUAUAAAAAAAUAGUAGUUCACAUUAUAAAAGGGUAUAAAUAAAGUGUUUCAAAUUGUUUAAUAAUUCUAAGAAAUGUUUUUUGCAACAUUUACUUGUAGGUUGUCCACUAACUUGUGUUGAAAUGAUAAUAAAUCAUUACCAAAUA